AUGAGUAAAGCGAUACUGGUGAAUAAAACUUCUGAUGAUCGGAUGCUGGCUUCACCCGAUGGUUUAGCUGAACUGACGUCAGUGGCAACGGCAGAUGCGGCAGAUGAGGCAGCUGAGGCAGCACCAGAUACGGCAGAUGCGGCAGCUGAGGCAGCACCAGAUACGGCAGAUGCAGCAGCUGAGGCAGCACUAGAUACGGCAGCUGAGGCGGAUGAGGCAGCGCUAGCUGCUUUUGAACUGGCUGAAGCUGCAGCUGAAGUUGCGGGAGUUGUGGGUGAUGCAGAACUAGUUGCUGCUGGCUCCUGA